GUCCCCCGCACGCAAAAGCAAGGCAGCUGCUUAAAUUUAAAAGAAAAAAAAAACAAGUCCAUCGACGAACAGCAAGCACACCCACCCCGCGCCGCCGCCGUCGACGACGAAGACCUAGCUCCGGCGCGAUGGCCGACGCCAACGCGGGCAGACGCCGCGGCGACGCGCCCCUCCUCGUGGCGCUCCUCCUGCUGGCGCUGGUCGUCUCCGGCCACUGCCUGGACGCGCACCACCGUGGGCUGAAGCGGCGGCGCCGGAAGCACGAGAUCCACUCGCCGAUCAAGACGGUGGUGGUGGUGGUGAUGGAGAACCGCAGCUUCGACCACAUCCUCGGCUGGCUCCGCCGCGCUCGCCCCGACAUCGACGGCCUCACCGGCCGCGAGUCCAACCACCUCAACGCCUCCGACCCCUCUUCCCCGGAGAUCUUCGUCACCGACGAGGCCGGAUACGUCGACUCUGAUCCUGGCCACGGCUUCGAGGACAUCCGCGAGCAGAUCUUUGGCUCCGCCGAUACAUCCGCCGUGCCGCCCCCCAUGUCCGGCUUCGCCCAGAACGCCCGCGGCAUGGGCCUCGGCAUGCCACAGAACGUUAUGAGCGGAUUCAAGCCCGAUUCCGUCCCCGUGUACACCGCCCUCGCCGACGAGUUCGCCGUGUUCGACCGGUGGUUCGCGUCCGUGCCCACCUCCACGCAGCCCAACCGCCUGUUUGUCCACUCGGCGACCUCCCAUGGCCUAACCUUCAACGCCCGCAAGGACCUCAUCCAUGGCUUCCCGCAAAAGACCAUCUUUGACAGCCUCGAGGAGAACGGCUUGUCCUUUGGCAUCUACUACCAGAACAUCCCGGCCACGCUCUUCUACCAGAGCCUUCGCCGCCUCAAGCACCUCGUCAAGUUCCACCAGUACAGCCUCAAGUUCAAGCUGCACGCCAAGUGGGGGAAGCUGCCCAAUUACGCGGUGAUUGAGCAGAGGUACUUCGAUUGCGAGAUGUUUCCCGCCAACGAUGACCAUCCUUCGCAUGAUGUGGCAAGGGGGCAGAGGUUCGUCAAAGAGGUGUACGAGACACUGAGGGCCAGUCCACAGUGGAACGAGACGGCCCUGAUUAUCACAUAUGAUGAGCAUGGUGGAUUCUAUGACCAUGUCCCUACUCCGGUUGUCGGAGUGCCCCAGCCUGAUGGGAUUGUCGGGCCUGAUCCAUACUACUUCAAGUUCGAUCGCCUUGGGGUGCGCGUGCCCACCUUUGUCAUCUCGCCAUGGAUCGAGAAGGGUGCUGUGAUCCAUGAACCAAAUGGUCCACAGGACACCUCACAAUAUGAGCAUUCGUCUAUUCCUGCAACAGUAAAGAAGCUAUUUAAUUUACAUUCUAACUUUCUGACAAAGAGGGACGCAUGGGCUGGGACCUUUGAGAACUACUUCAAAAUCCGGAAGACACCAAGAACUGAUUGUCCAGAGAAACUUCCAGAGGUCACAAAGUCACUGCGUCCAUUUGGCCCUAAGGAAGAUUCAUCCCUCUCAGAGUUUCAAGUGGAGUUGAUCCAACUUGCUUCUCAGCUCAAUGGUGACCAUGUACUCAACACCUACCCAGAUAUUGGCAGGACCAUGACCGUAGGGGAAGCAAACCGCUAUGCAGAGGAUGCUGUCGCCAGAUUCCUGGAAGCUGGUAGGGUUGCUCUAAGAGCUGGUGCAAAUGAAUCUGCUUUGGUGACUAUGAGGCCUGCUCUCACCAGCAGAGCCUCAAUGUCCUCUGGUUUUUCAUCUGAGCUCUAAUAGACUGUUCCAGAAUCCGUCCACAAAUUCUGCAUCAUUGUUUGCUCUACCUCAGCUGUCGAUCAAUCAGAACUCUUUCAUAACGCGCUUAGGAAGCAUGUGUUUGUUGGUGUAGUGCAAGUAUGAUAGCAUUGUGUGAUGGAUAGAUCUUACACAUGGUUUUGUACAUAGACAUCAUGAUACUUGAUAUCUCAGGCUUACUCUUCAGCCGACUGUGGAGCGAACACUGAGAUAGCAGCUCGAAGUAUCAUCCAGAAUAUCUGAUAUAUGUCAAAAAUCCCCUUCUGGACAAUAUGUAGUGGGGAUUUCUAAAGCAUUGCUGUGGAAUUGUAUCUAUUCAGAUGCACUGUACCUGCUUGUUAAGCAGUUGAACUGCACUUAUGAGUAAUGUAUGAUAUGUACGAUUGGUCUGAAA